GAACCAGGGCCGUCGAUUCAGCCUCACCACCUCUUUACAUAAACAUCCGAAGCCACAUCUCCGAAUUCCGAAACGAAGAACCGCAGCGACCGAAAUAUUCGAAAUGUGUAAAUCAGCCGAUAUUCACGGAUUCCACCGGGAUGAGCGUGAUCGCUUGAAAAUCAGAGGCUUCUAUCUUCGAUUAUCUGUUUCGGACUGGAACAAGUCCGUUCCUGACUCGCUCACUCUCGUCUACCUCCCUCGCAUCAACGGAAGCCCUCUCGAGGUCGCCGAUUCGAAGAUACGCCCGGAUUCCUCCUCGUUUGUGACUCUCCACCGGAUCGUCUCCGCCGAUGCAGUUUUCGCGAGCAGAGAACGCGUGAGAGCCAGCGAAGGCGUCCGAUUCGAGGUGUACAUGAAUGAGGAGAAGGUUCUAAAAGGAAUCUUCAGGAAAGACGAGAAGGAUGAAUGGAAAAUGGAGUGCAGAUGCGCUCUCGAGAGCGGCUCCGCCAGAGUUUCUCUGUCGGAGGUGGAGGUGUGCGUGGCGGUAGAGGGCCACGUGGCUAUGAGCGAGAUGGUGGAGAUGGCGGUGAAGAGGAAGGCGAAGGCGAGAGCCAUUCAGCCGUUGGAGGAAAUUCCAGAAGAGAGAGAAGUGGAGACUGAAUCGGACGGCUACAAUUGCUUUUGUGAAGAGGAUGAAGAAAAGGAUUACGAAUCAGACGGUGGAGAUUGCGAAGUGAAUAGCAAAGAAAUGGAAGUGGACCUAGAAGGAUUUGGAUGGGCCGUGGAUUUGGGAAUUUGGGUGAUGUGUUUAGGAGCUGGCUACUUGCUUUCCAGGGCUUCUUCUAAAAGCCUACGACGAAGAAGAAUAUUGUGAUGUUUUUUUUUCUUUCUAAGCACUAACACUAAAGUUUUGAUGCUUAAUCUUUUGUUACGAGUAUUACCACUCGAAAUCAAAUUUCCCCCUUCAUUAUAGAUUUCAAUCUCAAAGCUUGAAAAUUAAGACUUUGAAAAUUUUGA